ACUUAUCUGAGAUCGGCAUUGCGAGACUUGUGUUUCGGCUAUGUAAUUUGCCUUGGCUCUUGACACUUUGCUUCGUCCGUGUAUUUUCGAUUCUGCCACGUCGCUAGCCAUGGAGAUAGGUAGUACACCGCUACGGAGUUUAUUCAAUUAACACCGGAGAAUGCAAGCUGCGGCAAUUUGCACUAGGUACUCUAGACAUGGGGUCUGAAUUUGGGCGUUGCGAAAUACCGGUAACAGUGGAGUUCUCUAGUGCAAUUCUCUACCACUGCAAUUCAUUUCUAAAUUUCUCAAAGCUUUCAUCUUUCCCUACUCACUUCUCUACUACCAUCUGUUGACAAGUCAAGAAUGGCUACUCGUUCGCCCGUCUGGUUUGUUACAACAGCUUCAUCUGGCUUGAGGAAGUACAUGGUACUCGAGCACUUAUCCCGUGGACACAGAGUUAUCGCUACCGCUCAAAGUGCAUCAAAAAUUACUAACCUAGCCGGCCAUUGUCACUCUUGACGUGACCGCCCCUUCACCAGAGAUGGAAAA